UCUCUUAGGGCUUCUCUACCUAUCGUUUCCAUUCCUCGGCCAAACACCACGUAGAAAACCCAUGCUAUCCUCAGCUACUUUUGUGCGUGGCAAACCUGCCCAUGAUCCACCACUUUCCUCACGACUCUUUCCAAGCCAAAACACUACCAAAAGUAAGUUUUACCUUCACUUUGCAUCCAUGGAUUAUUCGAAGAACUCUUCUUGUCUGGGAGCUUCUGCAAUCGUUUUUCUCCUUUUAACUGGAGCUCUCUACCAUUUCGUCUGGUCUCCUUCAAGAUCAAACCCAUUCUUCCCCUACCAAGGAAGCAACUGCCCACAAUCUAACUCUUCUACUGUAAUCGACGAGCUCGAAUCAGCACUUGAAGAAGCUUCCAUGCCGAACAAAACCGUGAUCAUUGCGGUUGUCAACAAAGCUUACGCGGAGCAAAGCGCCGAUGCAGAGACGACGACGAUGCUGGACCUUUUCUUGGAGAGCUUUUGGCUAGGAGAAGAUACCAGGCGGUUGCUCGACCACCUGCUGCUCGUCGCCAUCGAUCAAACGGCUUACGAUCGAUGCAAAUUCAAGCGGUUGCACUGUUACCGAUUGGUGAUGGACGGUGACGAUCUCGGUGGGGAGAAGGUUUACAUGACACAGGAGUUUCUCAAGAUGACCUGGAGAAGAACGUUUCUUCUUUUGGAUGUCCUCAAGCGUGGGUACAACUUCAUUUUCACGGACACAGACGUGAUGUGGUUAAGGAAUCCAUUCACGAAGUUAAGUCCGGAUGAAACCCUGGACCUGCAAUUCAGUGUCGAUUCCUUCAAUGGCGACACCCGACCCGAACACAAUUUCAUUAACACCGGUUUCUAUUACAUAAGAUCAAAUAAAAAGACCAUCUCGUUGUUCGAAAAAUGGUACGCCCAGAAGGAUAAUUCCACCGGCAAAAAGGAGCAAGAUGUCCUGCAAGAACUGAUGCACGGUGGGCUCUUCGGAAAAAUGGAUCUCCGGGUAAGGUUAUUGGAGACCAAGCAUUUCAGCGGCUUUUGUCAAGAUAGUCGAGAUGUCGGCGAAGUAAUCACCGUCCACGCGAAUUGCUGCCGCCACAUAAAGGCCAAGUCUGGAGAUUUGACGGCCGUCCUCCGUGAUUGGAAGCAAUUCAAAGCGGCGGUGGCUCAACACCCCGAGGUUGCUGGUAAUAUAACUAGGGGAUUUAGGUGGUCAAACCACACUGGGUGUUGGAAUUCAUGGAAAGAUUGAUAGCAGUAAUAAUCAAAAACAGUAUAAUUUUAAUAGACUAUAAAUCAGAAAGGUUUUUUGUUUUCUUUUUAUUUUCCUGUGGGGAAAUGUUUUUCAAUUUUUUUUUUGAGAA